UGUGACCCAGCUGCCUGACGCCUCAUCUCCGCCACGCUUGCUUACGAACCAAGGACUUAUGUGUGUGCACACACACCCAGACAUACGCGCACACACCCACACAGACACACACACACGCACGCGCGCUUUUUUUUUUCUUUCCCCUCCUUCGCUUUCUGAAGCCUGGGGAGAAUCAGUGACAGAGGUGUUUCAUUGUUGAGUGGGUUUUGCCUUUUUGCUUUUUUUUUUUUUUAACAUUCAAAAGCAAUUAAUGAUCAGAUCUAGGGGAAAAAAAAAACACCCUGAAUAGGAACAAAACUUUUGAAUGCUGGAUUCCAAAAAAAAAAGUUAUGUGGACAGCUUCUUUGAGACUAUUUAAAAACUGACCCAACAGGUCUCUACAGCAUCAAGAUCUAACUAAGCUUUACAAGGUCAAGAAGUUUUAUGGCUGAUGAAGGAUUUGCUCCUGCGCAAAGGACCUUUCCCUCCUAAACUUCGAGGGAUCUGGGAGUUUCACCCCCAGUCUCUUCCGUUUGUUGCAUCUCUCUGCAAGCAAGGGCUGAAAUAGUUUUCUUUUGUUCUGAGGGAGCCAGGCGGGCGGUGGGGCGGAAGGGGGAGUGAGUUGGCCACAGGCAACUGUUACGUAGGCUUGGCUUACUGGGUUCGGCUCCUGUGGGUUUGGUUCUGGUUGGUUUCUGUUUAGGUCUGGAGUGCAACUCUGGCUGGUGGCACCAGGAGUCUUUAACAAAUUUAUUUUUCAGCAGCAAAGAGGUAGAUGUAACUGGCAGAGCAACUUUUUUUAGCACCUUCUCCAAAGCAUCCUUCCCAUCAGCAAAUGUUGGUAAAAAUGACUCCAUCUGGCUGGUUGGCAGACAGUUAUUUUGCUUUUUAAAAAUUGGCUCCUACUUCCAUUUGUCCAAACGGUCGCCAAGAUCUCCAGUCUUGAUAUCUCCAAGUUCAUGGUCUCAGGGCCCCACUUUUGCUAAAACUGCCUCUUUAGCUCCUUGGCGCCUGGACCCCUUGGAGGCGAGUUUAUGUUUAUGUCAAGGUCUGCCUAGCGCAGUUACCGCUUCACUGUGGUGUGCUCUGGUUGCAUUCUGAUCUUUACGUGUGUGUGGAGGAGGGAGGGGGUUACAUAAGCAUUUCUGAAGCUUUAGCUUGUGUCCUUCAUUUCUCCCACUUUCCAGCGGUUUUCUUGAUUAUUGGGCAGUGUGACCUACAGAGAGAGGAAACCCAGAAUCAAAAGCAAAAUUCCAGGCCGGAAUCUGGCUUUUGAAGCCAGGCCAGAGGAGACCUGGGCUUGGUUGUCCCUGAGACAUGAGACAUGGCCGUCCCUGAGACAUGUCAUCGCUUUGCAAACUAACCCGGGUAAUCUGCCUUCGGCAGGUCUUCUGAGCCUUUUCCCCUUGGCCAUUUGCUUUAAAAAACAAACAAACAAACAAACCUGGAUUUCACCAAGUAAUUUUCUUAAAGCUGUCUCUUUUUUUCCCCCUCCUGUGUGUAUGUCAUUGUUGUUUAAUUGGUAAAUCAUGUCCCACUCUGGGGCCCCAUGGACUGUAGCUCACCAGUCUCCUCUUUCCAUGGGAUUCUCCAGGCAAGAAUACUGGAGUGGGUUGCUAUUUCCUCCUCUAGGGGAUAUUCCCAACCCAGGGAUUGAACUGGCGUCUCCUGCAUUGCAGGUGGAUUCUUUACCACUGAGCCACCUGCAAAGCCCCUCUGCUUGUAUACAUGAUAUCUCCUUCGAUUGCCCCAGUUUAAGGGCACAGUGAGUUAAUCUAUUGACAAAGGCCAGGGAUGAGAAAGAAUUAAAAUUUCAGUGGUGGAAAAAGCCACCAAAGUGUGGUUUUCGGUAACAUCCCAUGUUGGCAGGCUAGCCUUUUCCUAGGGAAAAUGAGGUUUCUGCCGAAUUGAAAUGUGUGUAACGGUGUCUGUGUUACCUUCUCCAUUUUUAUCUAGGAUUUUCCAUGAUUGCUUUAGGAUUUCAGGAGUUGGUGCUCACCUGGGUGGACGGGGAUAGCUGGGAGCAUGGCCACCCUGCUUCACGACGCAGUCAUGAAUCCAGCAGAAGUCGUGAAGCAACGCAUGCAGAUGUACAACUCGCCGCACCGGUCGGCCCUCAGCUGCAUCCGGACAGUGUGGGGGACGGAGGGCUUGGGGGCCUUCUAUCGGAGUUACACCACGCAGCUGACCAUGAACAUUCCCUUCCAGUCCAUCCACUUCAUCACCUACGAGUUCCUGCAGGAGCAGAUCAACCCCUACCGGGGCUACAAUCCGCAGUCCCACAUCAUCUCAGGUGGGCUGGCCGGGGCCCUGGCUGCCGCCGCCACCACCCCCCUGGACGUCUGUAAGACCCUCCUCAACACUCAGGAGAACAUGGCCCUCAACCUGGCCAACAUCAGCGGCCGGCUGUCGGGCAUGGCCAAUGCCUUCCGGACGGUGUAUCAGCUCAACGGCCUGCCCGGGUACUUCAAAGGUGUGCAGGCCCGGGUCAUCUACCAGAUGCCAUCCACCGCCAUCUCUUGGUCUGUCUAUGAGUUCUUCAAGUACUUCCUCACCAAACACAAGCUGGAGAAUCGAACUCCCUACUAAAGGAACGGGCUGUGGGAAGCGACGCCGGCAACUUUGAUUGUGCAAAGGCUUUCUCCCUGCCUGCGCCCACUCCCCUGCCCUCACACCAAGAUUAUUGGGGCACGGGGUUGGCAGGAGGGGCCUUCCGCACUCCCUGACCCCUUCUUAGAAGGAGGAGAGGACAGGACAGCAGCUUACCCGAUGGCCAUCUGCUGGGACAUACCAGGUGAUAGCAGAUGAGGGCAAGACCGGCAGGGGAGCGAGAAAUUGCUAUUUCUCUUCCUCCCCACCCCAAGAGCGAUGUAGCUUUUCCUUCAGUGUAGCAUCUCCUCCCCUAGAAUCGUCCGUAGAUUACACAGGAGGGAAGAACGUGUGCAGUGACUGAAAACAUUAAACAGGAAACAAAAAGUUAUGUAUAUAAAAGUUCCAGUAUACAGUAUAAAAUAGAUGGAUAAUGUUUAUCCUUUAUUUUUCUAUGUAGAAGUUUUUGAAUUUGAGUAUGUGCCUGUGUGUGUGUACAAGCAAGUGUUACAGCUGAGAAUAUAAAGCUGUUUAAAAAAAAAUAGAGGGGCUGAGUUUUUCCAUUAGGUUAAGUCACAGGGCACCAAAGUAGUACAUUGCUCCAUGUGGCCUAAAAUUGUGUUAAGCUCCCCAUGAAAGUUCCACUUGAAUGUAAAAUAAUAAGUAUAAGGUUUAUAUUUUGAAUUUCUCUUUUCAUAGGGGAAAAAGGUACGUUGAAAAAAAAUAAUACUUUUAGCUACUUUUUUUUUUAAUCCUUAUUCAAUCAGUCACCGUCAUGUGCCUUUUCCCUUUGUCUUUUGCUGGAAAUUCCAGGACCAAAGAUCUGACCUGGGGCUUUUCCUCUAGCUGUGAGCUCAUCCCCCGCCACACACACACAUACUGGGCGGCAAGCAUGGCUCAUGGUGGAGCACGGUGGCCCCAAUGGAGUUAGGGUGGGUGGUCUUACUAAAACCAUUUCCUUCCCUUUGGGUGACGUGAAUGUACGCCUCACAGGGGCUAGCACUUAGAAGCCCUUGAAAUGCCAGUGCUUGGCUACUUGUUGGGCAGGCAAAUGGGAUCAAUCCUACCUUGAUCCUUGGACUUCAUUCUCCAUCCACAUUUUAACCCAGGCACUUCAGGUAUUCUUGUCUGUGUGUGUGUUGGAUUCAGUCCUGAUCUGUGUUUCCCUGUGCAGUUUUAGGGAUUUUAAGAAACACAGGCAGUGUAUCUACGACAUUUAUGUUUCCCCUGCCCAUCACGAAUGUCUCCCUUAAAAAGCCUCUCGCUGCCCAGGUUCCCCUAGCAGCUGCUGAAAGGACCUGGGCCCUCGUGCACAGUCAGGAUGCCUCUUGAACCAUCUUGAACCUCGUGUGGUACAUGCCACCUGGGGACAUGCCGCCUUGUUUUCUGAAAUGGCACAUCUGAGCCAGAUUAUCCCUGGGAGCAAAUGCAAGCCUGUUUCCUUCAGCUAUGCCUUCCCAGGCCUCUCUCCAAGACCUAGUGGCUUCGCAGUUUUCUUUUAAAAUGAGUAGGAAGCAAGUGUGUGUUUUCGUUCUGACCCAGCCUGGUCCUGACCUUGACCUUUGGCCCUUCACCUUGGGCAGGGUCCAUGUUGUGCAUUGUCACCGGGCUCAGACCCGGGUUCCUUGGGGUGUUCUCAUUCUCAGGAAGAACUCGGAUGGUCCUGGGACAUCAGCAUCUUGAGACCUUGCACGCUGUGCCUCCCAGGAUAGUUUGCAGGUUAUGGACAGCAGAGACCCACGUCAGACAGCUCCCACACGUGCCCGAUGAACAGGGUCUUCUCCUGGGCUGGGAGGUUUGACUGCUGACCUGUCGCCUCUCAGAGGUAGCCCCCACCCCCAUCUCCCCAGUGGAAGUCUGUUGCAACAAGCUUCCGUCCCACUCAGGGAUGCAAAAUGCCCAUGGAGAUCAAGCUGCUAGGGGAAGUGUUUACGUCUCUCUAAACAUACCCCUAAACAUACUCUCUGUUCGUGUUAACGUUAGGCAAUGGAAGAAAGACCAGGUCGAAUUCUGAAAUAAUUAUUCAGCCUCCCCUCCUUGUCCACUUUAUACACCACCGUGCUGCAGAAUCUUCCUUAUUAAGGAUGAGUGUGCCUGUUGAAUACAAAUGUACUGCUGCUGCUUAACCUGCGAGAUGCAUGGUGUAUGUUACCGUGCUGGGCCAGUGUCGUUUCUUAAAUGCCCAUCGUAAAUAUCAUGGUUUCUGCCUCUCAAGUCAUCGCAACUCUUGGAAGAAGGGGAGAAAAGUGUGAUUCUGUGUGGGGAUGUUUCUGAUGUGCUGCUACAGUUGUGACACUGGAGCUAUGGAAAAUAAAGCCUUGAUCUUUGAA